UUUGUUUUUAUUUUAUUCAAAUUUAAUUGAAAAAACAAUUCCAAAAUGAUCGAUUCUUGACAUUGGUUAUCAAAAUUGUUCCAGUUAUUUUUAUGGAAAGAAUGGAUCAAUCAAACAAUACAUUAGAAUUUAAUUUAAAUUAAUCGUUUUUAACCAUUUUAAUAUACUGUUUUUUUCUAUUGAAUCGAUUCUUAGAAAAAAGAAUCGAAACCAUUUGUAUUUUACCGGUAUGACACUUGAUUCCGAAAUUGAUUCCGGUGAUAUAAAAGAAACGGAACAACAAAAACAGUUAGAAACAACGGUGACCAAAGAUGGCCAUAUUCAAAGUCAAGCCACUAAUUUAUCGCCAAAGAAACAGGAAUAUAUUCGAUCAACCAGUUCGAUAAUUACCAAAGAAUCUCGAUUAACGGAUGUUGAUAAAGGUAUCAAACGUUAUAAAUCACAAGUGUCUCAGCUUUCAUCUAAAUCGAAUAGUAAUCAAGCAAAACGUUCGAUCAGUUUUGCACUAACUCAUCGAUCAUCAUUACUUGAUUCAAAAUUAGCUUUACAAGCUGUCGAUUAUCCCGAUUCAAUACCAUCAUAUAUGUCAUUCACCUAUUUAGAUAUACUAACAUUAUCAUUUUCAAUUUGUACCUUUCUUUGUGAUUUAAUAACCGAUAUUGUCGUUACUGUAUUCCACUAUUCAAAUCAUGAUUAUUGGUAUUUUUCCUUGACCAUCACAUUCAUUGCCGUGCCAACACUAAUAAUGACAAUAAUGUCAUUACGAUGGUAUAUACUCGAUUCGAAAGAUCCACAUUCUUUGCCAGUAUCAAAAACUCAAUGGGUAUUACGUGUUAUAUUUUUAACCUUACAACUUGGUCCAGUAAUGCGUUAUAUUGACUCGAUUCUUUAUGGAUUUAAAUUUCGUAAACUUAAUGAAGAAAAACAGAAAGCUGCUAGACGUUAUUUUCAAUACAUGAUUUACGAAGAUACUGAUGCUACAAUGCUUCGCCUAUUCGAAUGUUUUAUGGAAGCGGCACCACAAUUAGUGUUACAAAUGACGGUAAUGAUCAUCAAAAUGCCGGAAAAGAAUCGAGAUUGGACAGUUAUGGCUCAAUCUAUUUCGAUAAUAGCUUCACUUGUAUCAUUAUCAUGGUGUCUAGUGACCUAUCUUCGCAUCCUUCGUAUGUCUUUGGCAUCUAAACAGAAUAUGACAUGGCCCGGAACAAUUGUUCAAUUUCUAUGGCGUUUCUUUAUGAUCGCAUCACGUGUAAUGGCAUUGGCAUUGUUUGCAUCUGAGUUUACUUAUUACAUAAGUAUUGUUUGCGGUGUCCACUGGUUGAUAAUGUUCAUUUGGAUCGUCAGCAUGAAAACAUCAUUCUGUACGAAUCGAAUAGAAGAACUAUUCUAUAAUGCAGUUUUGUCCAUCAUAUUUAUUUUCUGUUACUUUAAUCCGGUUGAUGGUCAAUCACGAAAACGUUAUAUAUUCUAUUAUACAGUGAUGUUUAUUGAAAAUCUGAUCAUUUUAUUGCUGUGGUAUAAUGUUUGCGAUCCAUCCAAAUGGUAUAGGCUACCAGCAUUUCUAUUAUACUUUUUUAACUUUUUCAUAUCCUUAAUUUUUAUGACUAUCUAUUAUCUUAAAUUGCAUCCGACACAAAAUAUCAAAAUCUUUCACGAUUCCACUACGACGAAUAUUGAUCCAAAAAUGACUUGUACUAGUAGCAGCAUUCGAUCAAGCCCAGGUUCAUUGAUGGAAACAACAAUGACUAAAUCUUCUACAUCUACUAAUAGUCCUGAUCAAUCACCCAUUAAACAACAAUCUAUCAUAGUUUAUGAGCCAAAAGAUAAACGCAUAGAAUCGAAAAUUAAAUCCACUAAAAGCUCAACAACAAAAAAUUACAAACGACAAUUCAGUGAUGUAUGGACAACUAAUGGCCGUCUUUUACAUCCAAGACCAGCUAUGCCAACUGUGUGAAAAAUUGACAUUUGAUGAUUUUGACAAUAAUGAACUUAUAUAUGAAAAUCUUGUUGACAAAGAAAAAACAUAAAUGUAAAAU